AUGAAGAAAAAGCGUUUUAAUUUGAAAUCGAGAGCAGUUUCAAAUGUGGAAAUUGAUAAUUCCACCACCAAUGAAAUUGUUACAGAUAUUGGAUAUCAAGCUGACAAAUAUGACAGUUGCAAUGCUCUUGUUCUGCCCUCUAAGAAAAGGAAGACAAAGAAUAUAGAUAAAAAACAGUCCACUACUAAAUUGUUAUCGAAAAAACAUAGAAAGCAACUAGAGAAAGUGGUGGAACGAAAACAGAAGAAAUUAGAAAGGGCGACAUUGCUAGAGAACCUUGCAAAAGUACAAGUACCCACAGCUGAAUUACAACAAUAUGUGAGCUUUACAUCUCUGCAAAACAAAGGUUUGAAGCGCCAUUUUCAGGAACUAGAAACAUCUGAGUCAAAAUUGAAACUUAUGAUGAAGGAAGACGAGGAAGAUUUUAAAAAGCAUUGUACAAAUUCUAUCAAAGGAAGCAAUAAAAAAAAGAGAUUAGCUAUUCUGAACAGUGUAAAACAAAAUGAAAUUAAGUCUGAUCCAAAUGUGAUUGGAUUUGAAAAACAUAAUUAUUAUUUUGAGAGUGAUAGUAGUGAUGAAAAUAAUACCGAUGAUGAGAAUAAGGAUAAACAUGUUGCUGUUGAUGGACAAUGGACAGUGGAUGAUGAUCCUGAAGUUGUGACAACUGAAAUAAACAAUAAGAAUGAUGCAGUCACGAAAGAUGUAGAAGAUAAGACAGUAUCGGAAUCCAACAUCCAGGAAUUAGAAAAUAAAAACAAUGUUAGGGAAAAUAAAACGAUUUCAAAUAAAAACGAGAAAUUUAAGAAACCAAAGAAGGAAAUACAACAAAAUAUCACCCCUAAAGAUUGUACACCUGCUGUCUUUGUGCCUCUGAAUAGAGAUCCAGAAAUGCAAGCUGCUAGAUUAAAACUACCUAUUGCUGGAGAACAAUAUGACAUUAUAGAUAUGAUAAACGAGAAUCCAGUGGUCAUAAUUACUGGAGAGACAGGCAGUGGGAAGACCACACAAGUACCUCAAUUUCUCUAUGAAAGAGGAUACGCUCAAGAUAAAAUGAUCGGAAUAACCGAACCGCGAAGAGUAGCGGCGAUGUCGGUGAGCAAGCGUGUAGCCGAAGAAAUGAAUCUUCCCGAGAGUAAAGUUUCAUACCAGAUUCGUUUUGAGGGGAACGUUACGAAAGAGACAAGAAUCAAGUUCAUGACCGACGGAAUUUUGCUGAAAGAGAUUCAGAGUGAUUUCCUCUUGACAAAGUAUUCCGUGAUUAUAUUGGACGAAGCGCACGAGCGCACCGUGUUCACCGAUGUUUUGAUCGGUCUGCUGUCGAAAAUCGUCCCGUACCGAAACAAACACAACAAUCCUCUGAAACUGAUAAUCAUGUCCGCUACAUUGCGAAUCGAAGAAUUUGUGGAGAAUACGAAGUUGUUCAAAACAAAGCCGCCGGUGUUCCAUGUCCAAACGCGGCAGUAUGAAGUGAGAAUACACUUCAAUAAAAAGACAAGCCAAAAUUACAUGAAGGAUGCAUUGCGUAAAACGAUGAUGAUACACACUCGCUUGCCGGAAGGAGGCAUUUUAGUGUUUCUAACAGGCCAGCGAGAGGUGGAAACGGUCGUGCGGAAAUUGCGCGAAGCAUUUCCGUUAAAAAAAAACAAGUCCACCCGAGUUAAGCGGGCAGCGAGUGAAACUACGCCGAAAGAAGCAUCAGACGAGGAAGAUAACGAAAAUGAUUCCGAUCCCGAGUUAAGGAAAGCGUUACGUUGUCACAAGUCGAAGCAGAAGAAACUUGCAAAAAUUAAUCUCGAUGAUUAUUCUGUAUUACCUACCGACGACGUGGAAGAAUAUUUAAGUGAUGACAUGGAUUACUUUGAUGAAGACGAUGAGAAUGACAUGAAUUUCACAAAACAGAAAGUUUCACAGCCACUGUGGGUCUUGCCUUUUUACGCACUUUUACCUGCUCACAAACAAGCUCAGGUGUUCAAGCCACCGCCGGAAGGAUGUCGUUUGUGCGUGGUGUGCACCAAUAUAGCGGAAACCUCAGUGACAAUUCCUAAUAUUAAAUAUGUGGUGGACAGCGGCUACUAUAAGGACAAGGUGUACGAUAAGGCGACAGGUGUGAGUAUGUUUAAGAUUUGCCACGUGAGCAAAGCGGCGGCUACACAACGCGCGGGUCGAGCAGGCAGAAUUGGACCCGGCCAUUGCUACAGAUUAUACUCGUCAGCUGUGUACAACGAGUUCAAAGAAUACGACGAAGCUGAUAUUCUGAAGAAACCGAUGGACGACUUGUUACUGCAGAUGAAGGCGAUGCACAUCAGGAAUGUCGUGAAUUUCCCGUUUCCCACGCCAAUGGAUAUCGAACAGCUGAAAUACGCAGAGAAAAGACUUACGAUACUUGGAUUGUUGGAGGAACGUCCGAAUACGCGGGCAGCGACUUACUGUACAAAACUGACACCGCUAGGACGCGAGAUCUCUCCAUAUCCAAUCGCUCCACGUUAUGGCAAAAUGCUGGUAUUAUCGUUUUUGCACAAGUCACAAGACUUAUUGAAGUACAUAACAUGCAUGGUGGCAGCUCUGAGUGUUCAACAAAUACUAGUAGAUGUGCCUGAUAUGGGAAAUACAGCUAACAACAAAUUAAUGCAGAUUCGUCAGCAGUGGGCUGGUACCGGCAACAGUUUGCUUCUUGGUGAUGCAAUGGUUCUACUAAACGCCAUUGUAUCCGCUGAAUACGCAGCAUACCAGGGAAAAAGCUUGGUAGCUUAUUGCGAGGAGAAUGGCUUGCGACAUAAGGCUGUGGUGGAAGUUAGAAAGCUCCGACGGCAGCUCACCAAUGACGUUAUCUCACACAGGCCCGAUCUUGACUUGACUAUCGCCCCAAUGAUGCCACCACCGACCGAAUCGAUAGCGAAUAUGCUGUGUGUAACAAUGCUCGCAGGUAUGGCAGAUCAAGUCGCUAGGAAAGUUUUGCCUGACGAGAUUAAGCAUGAACCGAACAACCCCGAUUGGAAAUACGCUUAUAGGACAGCGGAAAUGGAGAAUCCUGUAUUCAUGCAACCCACGUGCGUUCUACAGAAAGUCAUACCGAAAUGGGUGGUCUAUCAGGAGCUGUACGAGACAAACAAGGUAUACAUGCGAGGUAUCACGGCAAUAAAACCCGAGUGGCUGCCGAUAUUCGCGCAGACUCAGUGCCGUCUCAGCGAGCCAUUGACUGAUCCACCACCGAGCUACAAUAAGGAAACUGGGAAAGUUAUGUGUUGCGUAAACGGCACAUUCGGCAAAGCUGCUUUGAUACUUCCACGCAUUGAAAUAGAGUAUCCACUAAACGCGAACGGCGUCAAGUGGUUCGUGUAUUUCUUCUUAGAUGGUCAAGUGUGUCCCAAGCUGAAAAAAUUCGUACCAUCAUUGCUGUCAACACCUGACAGUGUCAAUAAGAUGUGGGCCAAAUUGGUGCCGCGUAUUCAGGAGAUAACGCAAGUGAUGGUGACACACGGAAUCAUGAGCAAAGAUAAGUUGCUCAAAACUUGGGCUUCAAACAAACAAUUUCUGCUGUCAGUCUACCAGAUGUGGCUUCCUGAAUCUCUACACACAGAAGUGGCGCUCAUAUGGCCACCCCUAUAACGAAGAGCGCAAUAUUUAGAAAUUAUAUUAAGCGUUUCGACAUUCACUGAAAAUUUAUAAUGCACGUAACAUGAAAUAUAAAUUUUCAGUAUUGGCAGUAAAUAUCGGAACGCAGUCCAAGUAACAGUGAGAUCUAUAAAAAUUACUUGUACAUAUCUUUCGCUGAAAGUGCGAAGCUACAGAUUUGCCUUAUAAAAAUACAUAAUUUUCAAUGUACAAACUCUUUUGUAAUAUAACAAUAAAGUAACAAAAAAAACGCGUUAA